AAGAUUUGAACAGUUUUCACAGCUUCAACUUUCUUCCUCACGUACCAAAACUCCCAUUUUUCCUCUAAAAAAUCCUUCAUCUUCAACCUCUCCCCAAAUACACCAAAAAUACCCAAAAACCACCAUUUUUAUUAUAUUUUCUACACUUUUAGCACUAUUGAACAAUUUCCAGACUUACAGAACAUCAUGGCUGGGAGACAGCAUACUGCAGCUUCAAUUUCUAGCUAUAUAAAGCAAAAACAUUGUGUGAUUGCCCAUGCUUAGAAUUUGGAAAGAUGAACAUGGCCAGAGCAAGGGUAUUGGCGAAGAGCAAGGACAUGAGGUUGGCGAUGUUGAGGCUAGAGGCAACAGAAGGAGUAUGGCCAAGCCAUUCAAGAGUGAAGCCCACAAGUUUGGUGUUUCGCUGGCUAGUAAACAAAUCAAAGUGAAAGCAUCCAUGCCUCACAAAGCUAAAAUGCCCAAGGAAAAUGAAGAGAAGGCAGGUGUAGGCACUGAUGAGCUUCCUUGCAUAAUCAACAAGCUUUCUAUCGUCGUUGACAUCAAUAAGAAACCAUCAUAUGGUUGGACAGACUCCAUUCUUAUUCUUGGCAAUGAUGAAGUUUCAUCCAAGGCAAAUGAGGCCAAGAAUGUGGAGACUCUGAUGAAGAACAUGGAUGAUGCUCUGGUGAUGAACAUGGAUGAGGCUCUAGCAAAGAACAUGGAUGAACCUUUGGCGCAACGUGGAGUCUGCUCAAAGCGCAACAAAAAAGAACAAAGGCAAGUGCAGCUCCUUCAUGGAAAUCCAUCAUUUUACGUUAGAAAGAAAGGCUUGCCAUACUUAGCUGCAGCUUUAAAAGAAUCCAUUCCUAACAAAGAUGAGAUAGAUGUUGACGAACCAGCCAUGAAUGACAUGUGCAACAAGGCUAAGAAAGUAAUGAUUGAGAAUGCCUUUAUAAAUCUUUGUGUGGCUGUGAGGUACAUGGAAGUAACUCCCUUUGCUGAGAUGGAUGAGGAAUUCUUUCAUUUGCAUAAGGAUGCCAUUGAUGAUGCCAAGAACAUAAACUUUGAAGUUGGAGCUACUUGGGUUGGCAAAGGCAAACCUUGGAAAGGAUCUCCACCAAGAAAGAUUCAGCAUGGCCACCAUAGCAAUCAAGUGCCAAAUCUCUAAGAGCCUGUUUGGUGUGGCUGGUAGGAGCUUUAGCUUUUUGAGUACUGUUAUGGGUGAUAAGUUUAAAUUUUUAUUGGAGGGAAAAUAGAGCUUUAGCUUUUAGAAAGGUGAAAAAGUAAGUGAAAAGUAAGUAAAAAGAGAGUUUAUGAAAAGUUUGGAUUUGAAACUUUUGAGCUUUUACUGUUUAAGAGCUUUUUGAGGUUAAAAAAAUAUUUAAAAGUGU